UGCGCAGCAUGGGCAUGCUCAGGCACGAAACGAGCGCGACCGAAGUGCGGACUCUGGUCAGCUACGGCGGCGGCGCGCACCUGCAGAGCCUGCUGAAGCAGAUACGAGACCCCCGAAAGAUGUGGCCCUUCAUCCGCAAGCUCAAGCACUGGCUCGUGGUGUUCGGGCUGGACGGAAUCAACUUUCACCUGGAAGGACCGGGUCCUCCUCUUUGCGAGCGGAGUCAAAUCUUGGCCAUUUCCAAGUUCAUUAGGCAACUUCGAAGCUUUCUUGGUGAGGCGUAUGUCAUCACGCUUCAGCUUCCUGCCUGUCGUGACCCCAAGUGCAGCCUCCUUCCCUACGAGAGAAUGGCCAGUCAUUUGAACUACCUGUUCCUCAUGACGUUCGACUACAAGCUGGAUGAUCUGUCUAAGACGAAGAUUACAAGUGGACUCUAUUUUUACGAAGGGAACCAAAGCACCAGCGUCGAGUCUGAAUCCUGCCUUGGCAGGUGGAUAAACGUCGGGGUGCCCAAGCACAAGAUAAUUCCUGGUAUCGCCACGUACGGCCGCAGCUUCACGCUCCGUGACCCGGCCAACAACGGCGUUAGCGCCGCGCUUGAUCGAGUGCACCCACUCGGCUAUGGUGCGAACUUCACGCGGACGGACGGCUACAUGAACUACGUCGAGACCUGUCGCCGGGUGAACUACUUUCACUGGAAACGAAACUGGGUGAAGUACGCGGCGACGCCGUACAUCUACUACGAGAACCAGUGGGUCAGCUACGACGAUAAGGACAGCGUUAAAGUGAAGACCGAGUGGUUCUGGAAGCACUGGCUGGGUGGAAUAUUCGUGUGGUCUCUGGACGCGGAUGACUACGCUGGAGAUUGCGUGCAAGAGAUCUACCCCAUGGUUAAAGCGGCGUGGAAAGUCAUAAAGACGUAUCAGCGUCUACAUAUGCAUAGAGCCAUUGAACAGGGUGGAUGGCGCUCAGGAGCCAAGGACGUUACAAGAAAUCGCCGUGCAAGUUUCGAAGAAUAAAAGCGCGGGCGUUGUGCCGGAAAACUCCAAACCAAAGGAGGCCUUCCUCAACUGAUUGUUUGCCCAAAUAAUAAGCUGCCACGCAUUCCGCCAGCCAAAUUUUCGCCUCAUUUGUGAAAGUGUAGCCGAGAAAUAAUGUGUUUGUGACGAUCGAAUCCUAUGCAGUUAUGAUAAUCAACUUUAAUACGGCUUUGAAAGCGAAGCGCUUUAGGCAAACCGUCCCGAACUUUGAUGAUCAUGACUACUGUUUCUGUCUUGCCGAAUGGCUCAUACGCGAGACAGAAUUCAUAUAGCGAAGGCUUAUGCGUAGCCCCCUUUGUACUGUCGCACUAUACUGCCUAUCCUCAGCAUCACUCCUCGUCCCCCUAUUUGUCUCCUCUUCCCCUCCCCUCUGAGCAGAGUAGCA